AUGUUCACUUUAGAAGAAUGGUUGAAGUCUAAGGCAGCUAACAAUCCUAAGGGAAAGAAGGCAACUUGUAUUGUACUUUUGACAUCAUUUUGGAAUGAUAUUUUCUACACUCUUAAGGUUAUGGGACCUCUUGUACAAGUGUUAAGACUUGUUGAUAAUGAGAAAAAACGUGCAAUGGGAUACACAUAUGCAACAAUGAUCAAGGCUAAGGAGGAUAUUCGAAAAGCUUUCAAUGAUCAAGCAAGAAAGUACGUAGAUGUAUUUGCGGUCAUUGAUGAAAGCAAACCAGAAAUUGAGAAGGAUCCCAUAUUGGUGGAAGCUGAGUGGUGGAAGACUCAUGGAGCACAAACUCCACUUUUGCAAGUAUUGGCCAUUAAAGUGUUGAGUUUGACAUGCAGUUCUUCAGGGUGUGAGCGUAAUUGGAGUACUUUUGAGCAUAUUCAUUCCAAUACGAGAAGUAGACUUGAGCAUAAGAGGUUGGAAGGCUUCGUUUUCGUUAAGUAUAACCAGGCUUUGAAAGAGCACUAUGAUUGUUGUGAUGUGAUUGACCCAAUCGUCUUGAAUAAGGAUGAUGAUUAUAUCAGUGAAUUUAAAGUGGGAGACUCUAGGGAAUAUGGUGAACCUGUUGAAGAAUUAGUUGAUUGGGCUAAUGAGUCGGUGGUCUACACUAGGCGAACAACAAAAGAAAAGGCAGCUCUAAGUGCAUCUAGGGCAACAGCACAAGAAGCAAUAUCGAACGAAGUGGUGGUAGAAGAAGAUGUUCAAGAAGUUGAACGUAUUUAUGUUGAAGAUGAUGGAGAUGAGGAGGAGAACGAACAAUAUAUUGAAGUUGAUGGGGAAGAGGAGGAGGAAGAAGACUAUGUUGAAGAUGAUGAUGAUCUUUGA